AUUUCUGGUACAACCUGUUGAGCGCUCACACCUACAUGACGUGCAGCACUAUGCCUAUAUAAGCAGUGGUGUACUGUACACCAGGCCGAGCGAAGCGGAACCAUCGCUGAAUCGGUUGGGAAGCGCUUGAACUCGAUGGAUUUCAACCGGCCCCAAGGGGUCGGGUUGGAAGGGAGCAGGACCCUGCGCGUGUCUGCCGAUAAAGGGACGGCAGGGAGCUUGCCUGAGGAUGGGACGAAGGAUGGCGGAAUGAAAGGGGGGUGUGAUCCUCUGGACACCACCGUGGUGCGCAUUGGGGAAGAGGUCACCCUUUAUUCUGUGGAUAGCUCACUGUCAUCCUCUGACGAGGAUGAAGACAUAAAGAAAGAAAAGAAGAAGAAAAAGAAGAGCAAGAAGAAGCACAAGAAAAAGGACUCCAGCUCCUCAUCUUCCUCCUCAGACAGUGAGGAUGAUGAUAGUGAUAAACAGAAGAAGAAGAAGAAGAAGAAGAAAAAGAAGGACGGAAAAGAUGGACAGGGUCUAAUAUGUGUUGGAGAAGAAGGAAUGGAAUUAAGAUAUUUGCAAGAACUAAAUGGUGAGGAGCAGGAGAAGGAGAAAAAGAAAAAGAAGAAAAAGAAGAAGGACUCCAGCUCCGCCUCUUCUUCAGACAGCUCCUCUUCCUCAGACAGUGAGGAUGAGAAGAAGAAGAAGAAGAAGAAAAAGAAGAAGAAGAAAAUGAAGAAGAAGGAUUCCAGCUCCUCUUCCUCAUCUGACAGCUCCUCCUCCUCCUCUGACAGUGAAGAUGAGAAAAAGAAAAAGAAGAGGAAGAAGAAGAAGAAAAAGAAGAAGAAGAUGAAGAAGAAGAAGGAUUCCAGCUCCUCUUCCUCCUCUGACAGUUCAUCCUCUUCAGACAGUGAGGAAGACAAGAAAAAGAAAAAGAAGAAGAAAAAGAAAACAAAGAAGAAGAAAGCGAAGAAGGACUCCAGUUCGUCAUCUUCAUCUGACAGUGAAAAGGAGAAGAAGAAGAAAAAGGAUGGAGACGGGAAGAAAAAGGAGGGAGAGCAGGAGGGUGAAGACGGCAGCAUCUGUUCUAGGACUGGUGAGGUGUGUAUGCAGGAGGGUGUUGGAGAAGCACAGGCCGCCAAAAAGGAGAAAGAGGAAAAGAAGAAGUACUGCUCAAAGGCUGGAAAUGCUGCUGACGUUGCUGCUGGCAGUUCUGCGCUAUGCCCUGAACUGAAUGACCCCGGAAACCUAACUGAUGAUGAGGGAGAGGGACAAGAUGAGAAGAAAAAGAAGCAAAAGAAAAAGAAAAAGAAGAAGGAGUCCAAGGGCUCGUCCUCCUCCUCGGACAGUGAGGAUGAGGACAAAAAAGACAAAGACAAGAAGAAGAAGAAAAAGAAGAAGAAGGGAAAGAAGGAUUCUAGCUCUUCCUCUUCUGACAGCUCCUCUUCCUCUGACAGUGAUGAUGACAAGAAGAAAAAGAAAAAGAAGAAAAAGAAGGUGAAGAAGGACUCCAGUUCCUCCUCCUCCUCCGAUAGUUCCUCUUCUUCAGACAGUGAGGAUGAGAAGAAGAAGAAAAAGAAGAAAAAGAAGAAGAAAAAGAAGAAGAAGGUAAAGAAGAAGAAGGAUUCCAGCUCUUCUUCCUCAUCCGACAGCUCCUCCUCCUCAGACAGUGAAGAUGAGAAAAAGAAAAAGAAGAAAAAGAAGAAGAAGAAGAAGAAGAAGAAGGCAAAGAAGAAGGAUUCCAGCUCUUCUUCCUCAUCCGACAGCUCCUCCUCAUCCUCAGACAGCGAGGAUGAGAAAAAGAAAAAGAAGAAGAAAAAGAAGAAGAAGAAGAAGAAGGUGAAGAAGAAGAAGGACUCGUGCUCUGGUAGUUCCUCUUCUUCAGACAGUGAGGAUGGGAAAAAGAAAAAGAAGAAAAAGAAGAAGAAGAAGAAGAAGAAGAAGAAGGCAAAGAAGAAGAAGGAUUCCAGCUCCUCUUCCUCAUCUGACAGCUCCUCCUCAGACAGUGAACAUGAGAAAAAGAAAAAGAAGAAAAAGAAGAAGAAGGCAAAGAAGAAGAAGGACUCCAGCUCUUCCUCCUCCUCAUCAUCAGACAGUGAGAAGGAGAAAAAGAAGAAGAAGAAAAAGAAGAAGAAGAAGAUGAAUGAGAAUAAGAAGAAGGACCCCAGCUCCUCCUCAUCUUCAGAAAGUGAUGCCGAUAAAAAGAAGAAGAAGGAGGACAAAGCAGGGGAGGAAGGGGGCAAGACUGGAGAUGGAGAGACCGACCCAAUGAAAUCUGUAACGUGUGAGGUCCCUCCACCAAGUGAUCAGAAAGAGCAACCAAAGGACACCGGCGCAGCCACAUGGAGACAUGGGAAUCCAGAAGGGGCGUCAGAUUGGAGAUCUCCUUUGAAAGACCUGCCAUCCAGCACGGGGAGCUCAAGCAGUCGCUAUGAUUCCUUGAGGGGGUCCUCACUCAAAACUGAGAUCACCACCACCAGAGGGACCCAUAGCCCCAUGGAGUCCUUAGUUGGGAGCCCACCCCGCUCAAGAGUAAUUGAUGUAGACAGGGAGUCCAGUAGAAUCGGGGGAACAACCAGGACAAGCCUUUCUAAGUCAAGCGACAUUCUCAAGGGACCAAAACCUUAUGGUCCUUGAAUAAGCAGGUCUUCUUUAUCUUACAGUAAAGCUGUUAUUCUAUGUCUGAAAUACAAAACACUGAAUGAUUAAAAAUGGUAUUAUCUUAAAGUGUAAAACUGAAUCAACUCCAUUUGUAAAAUGUGAAAAUGGAACAAUAAAUAAGUCCUGAUCUGUCCACUA